UAACUUUAAAAUAUUUGCCCACAACUGCUAUGCCUGCUGAUGUUAUGACUAAAUCUCUAAGUCCUAUAAAGCAUUAUAAAUGUAUAGAAGGAUUGGGUCUUGGAAAAAUUUAAGGUUAAAAAUUAAAACAAGUUUGUAAAGUUAUUAGUUUAUUUGCUGUAGUGGGGGUGUUAAAUUAUGGCAACCCAGUAACAUCAAAUAAACUAUAUAAUGUUGGUACUUCUGCUAAUCCGCUAAUGUUGGCUCUAUGUGUUUUUCAUAAGUAAUAAAUCUCUUGCUCGUUGUCUGUUCAACCGAACGCUGUGUUUUAUUAAAACUUCAUUUUUUCAAAACCCCUUAAGUAUAAACAACUAACCGAUAAUAUAAAUUUAACAUGAAUUAAUGUAAUAAUUUAUCACCGUCAUUAUAACAGCCCACCUCAACGGUAGUACUUACUUUUCAAUAAAGAUAAUUUAUAAUUGAUUUGAUAUUAAACAGCCUACUUUCCAUGAUAAUGGUAAAUGGCCUACUGAACCAAUUCAUCAUUUAUUAGUCAACACUUCAUUCCAGCUCGCAUGUCAACAUAAAAUAAUCAUCGGUGUUUAACUACCCACGGCUAAUAAUUGCUUCAAAUUAAUUACACUGGGCUUUGCGUGACAUUGUCCACUGAAAUUAGUUUUGAACUGGUCCUGGGUCAGUUCUAGUGUUUGUUUUAUCUUGGUAUUUUAAAGCUUGGCUUCUCAAAUGGAUAGCAAUUCUGAAAUCUUUUAUAGGAUGCAUGCAGUAAGAGAAGUAUGGUGGCAAAAGUACAGAAGACAGCAGUACAAACGCAAGAGGCUUAGCCUCGAGAUGAUUGUGCGCAAGAGUGCGAGGGAGGCAGGCAGAGAGUACAUUAGCCACUGCUCUGUGGCCGGGGUGAAGCAGAUCAGAGACCCUGAUAUUGGUAUCAUUGAAAGAUUGAUAUGGAUAGCACUCUUCGUAGUAAUGGUCGCGUCCCUAAUCAAGACUCUUAUGGACACUAAGCAGCAGACCAUUCUCAACCCGCUGAUAGUGACUAUGGAGUCGUCCACCCAUCCCAUAUCUGACAUUGACUUCCCGGCCAUCGCCCUGUGUAAUGUCAACAGGAUUAGCAAGAAGAGUCUAGAGGCACUUGCUACAAACAUAUUCACGCAGUUGCUUGAGUCAGAGAAACAACCUCCUAACGAACACUUUCCUCUUCCUCCCCCUCCUUGGAUUAGAGAAAAAGGGAACGUGACAACCCUCAGAUAUGUCCACAACUACGUGUACCAAUUGGGCUACCUCCUCGACUACUGGUGGGACGAGAACACGAAGAUAGACCCUCAUAUCGACGAGCUGCUGAGUCCGGAAAACAACACGAGGAUGCUUAUUGAUAUUAUGAAAGAGUUGGCUCCAAGUUGCGAAGACAUGUUGGUGACAUGCAUAUGGGCCGCCAGAAGGAUCAACUGCAGCGACAUCUUCCAAGUGCGACGUACCAGCAGGGGCCACUGCUGUGCCUUCAAUUAUGUUUUGGACUAUGAUUCUGCUAAAAGACCUAGUGGUACCAUAGCGGAGGUGAAAAGACAAAACGUGCCAGGAUAUUUGCAAGGUUUAAAUAUUUUACUAGACCCAAAAAUUGAAGACUAUGCUUAUACAGUCAGCCCUAGUUUAGGGUUCAAAAUAUUCCUGUUCGAUCCAACUCACUUCGCCGACCCAAACGCCGGAGGUCGUGUAACCCGACGCAUCAUAGAACCGGGUCAGUGGACAUACCUCCAGCUGCAGUCUGUCAAACAGUUCACUACCAGGGAAGUCAAGAAAUAUCCAGUAAAAACGAGAAAAUGCCUAUAUCACGACGAGGAUACCGAGACAUUUGGCUCUCUGUAUUCUUACAGCGCAUGCAUAGUGAGCUGUAAAAUCAAAACUAUUAACACUCUAUGCAAAUGCACCCCUUUUUUCUUGCCGACGAACAGAGAUGACUCCGUUUGUACACUAAAUGAACUACGAUGUCUCAAUAAAUACAAAGAGAAGCUCCUGUAUUUGUACCCAACGGACGCUCUAAUAACUGAUGGUUUGGAAACUGAACUGGAGGACUCAUUGUGGUGUCCUCAGUGUCAACCUGACUGUGAAUUCACCCAGCACUUUUCAAAGGCCUUUAAUAGGCCUCUAACGCUGGCUUUUUCUGAAUUUGAAGAUUUUAAAGAAAAAGAACACUUGUUUGAAUUACUGUAAGUCCUACCACAGAAUACA